CUUCGCACCUUCUUACCCCCUUCCGCCCCACGACCGCUUUCACCACUCUCAGCACUCUGCAAGUCGGGUGCUGCGAGACUCUCUCUUAGCCGUCUUCUCCUUCAUUCUUGCGUUCAGCGCCCUGUUGCUGGCACAUUGGUACAUGCGGACGCUGCCAUCUUUUGGCGACGCCUGCCUUCUCCACCUCCCGUUUCUCCGCUGAAUCGCUACGAGAGAGUGUCUUGCCCUGGUUUCAUGUUACUUUCCGAUCCAUAGGUCCCGUCUUUCUUCUGAGGACGCCCACCAUGCGCCUUAUCAGUUUCUGGGGCCUGUUGGCCGCCACGUCCCUCGCAUCAGCAGGGCGACACCAUCUGCCGCCGCGUAACUAUACAACCCACGAUUACUAUGCUAUCCACGUCGCUUCUUCCACGUCUCCGGCCGAGCUGGCUGCACACCUCGGCCUCGAUCACGACGGCCCGCUCGGAACCCUAUGCGAUUUCCACCUGUUCAAGGCCCCCAAACAUGCAAACGACAUUGUUGAAGAUGCAAGACAAGAGCUCAGGAGGCGGCGGCGGAAGCGAGAGAUUGGCCUUGAAUACCAUCCCCUCGACAGCAUCAAAUUCACCCAGAAGCAAAAGCUGAAGCCGCGACACUGGAAGCGGAGCGUGAUCCCUACCCUAAGCGGCCGAGCUGGCGUGGAGGAGAGCGAGGCGGUCAAGACCCAGCGCGAAAUCGCGAGCACACUCAAGAUCAACGACCCCAUCUUUGAAGAGCAGUGGCACAUCUUCAACGUCCAGGACCGCGGAAACGACGUCAAUGUCACGGAUGUAUGGCUUCAGGGCAUAACGGGCAAGGACGUCACGGCAUGCAUCGUGGACGACGGCCUCGACAUGGACAGCGAGGACCUCAAGGACAACUUCUUCGCCGCUGGAUCCUACGACUUUAAUGACCACGUCGAGCUCCCCAAGCCCCGUCUGUCCGACGACCGGCACGGCACCCGAUGCGCUGGGGAGGUCGCUGCUGGGAGAAACAAUGCUUGCGGUGUUGGCAUCGCCUAUGACGCGAAGAUUUCUGGCGUCCGCAUCCUCUCUGGCGAAAUCACCGACGUCGACGAAGCCCUCGCCCUAAACUAUGGUCUCGAGGUGAACGACCUCUACUCGUGCUCCUGGGGCCCCCCGGACGACGGCAAGACCAUGCAGGCGCCAGGCAUUCUCAUCAAGCAGGCGCUGGUCGAUGCGGUGCAAAAGGGGCGGGAUGGCAAGGGGGCCAUCUACGUCUUCGCCGCGGGCAAUGGCGCGGCGGCCGACGACAACUGCAACUUUGACGGCUACACCAACAGCAUCUACAGCAUCACCGUCGGCGCCAUUGACAAGCAGAACUUGCACCCCUACUAUUCGGAAGCAUGCUCGGCGCAGCUUGCUGUGACGUACAGCAGCGGCAGCGGCGAUUCGAUCCACACCACGGAUGUCGGCGCAAACAAGUGCACGAGCUCGCAUGGUGGCACCUCUGCUGCAGGCCCAAUUGCAGUGGGCAUAUACGCUCUCGCGCUCCAAGCGCGGCCCGAUCUCACCUGGCGCGACAUGCAGUGGAUCACCGUCAUGUCUGCUGUGCCGUUCGACCAGCCGAGCGACUGGACCAAGACUGCAAUCGGCCGCACCUUUAGCCAUCAGUUCGGAUAUGGAAAGCUAGAUGCCUACGCUGUCGUCGAAACGGCCAAGACGUGGAAGAAUGUGAAGCCUCAGGCAUGGUUCUUCUCGCCCUGGAUGCACGUCAAGACCCCGAUCCCUGAGGGCGACGAAGGCCUCGCCAGCGAGUUCGAGGUCACCGCGGACAUGCUCAAGGAAGCCAACCUCGAAACGGUCGAACACAUCACCCUGACCAUGAACGUCGAACAUGAGCGUCGCGGCGAUUUGAGCGUCGAGCUUAUCAGUCCCGCCGGCGUCACUAGUCACCUUUCAACGGCACGCCGCGACGAUGAUGCGGCUGUUGGCUACGUUGACUGGACCUUCAUGAGCGUCGCGCACUUUGGCGAGAAGGGCAUUGGCAAGUGGACUGUGAUUGUCAAGGACACCAUCAAAGACAAUGGCAAGACUGGCGUCUUCACGGAUUGGAAGCUUCGCCUCUGGGGCGAAUGCAUCGAUGCCUCCAAGCAGAAGCCGUUACCUUUGCCAACUCAGCACGACGACGAUGACCACGACGUCAUUGACGGCCAUCCAGCUCACACCACGACCGUCAGCGUGCCCUCGAGCACCCCCAAGCCGCCUGUCAACCCCAGCGACGUCCCUAACCGGCCCAUCAACCAGAAGCCUAGCCCAUCGCCAAACCCCGCCUCCACGGAGUCCGCAUCGUCAUCACCUUCAAGCGCACCUGAAAACUUCCUUCCAUCCCCCUUCCCCACGUUUGGUGUGUCUAAGCGCACCCAAAUCUGGAUCUAUGGCAGCAUAGGGCUAAUUCUUGUCUUCUGCGCUAGUCUGGCAACUUAUCUGUUCCUUGCUCGGCGCAAGCGGCUGCGGUCGAGCCGGGAUAACUACGAGUUCGAGAUGCUAGACGACGCGGAUGACGACGAGGGUGGCGCGAGGGCGGGCAUGUUGAGCGGGACAGCGGGGGGCAGGCGAAAGGGAAGGGCAAAGAGGGGCGGCGAGCUUUACGAUGCCUUUGCUGGCGAGAGCGACGACGACCUACUGAGUGAGAGCGAUGGUGAGGAGGGUCCGUAUAGGGAUCAGGAGGACAGGGAGUAUGACGAGAAGCAGGCGAUGGAGGACGACAGCGAUGCAGGCGAAAGCAGCGGAAGCGCAAGUUCGGGGCCGAAGAGGCAGUGAGCGGUAGCAUAGGUGGUGCUUUGGCGCUAUCACCUUUCAUUCCUAUCGUUUGGAAUCCUGUCAAUAGAUCUUCCUUCUCUGUGCAAAGGUACCAGAGCCAUCCAAUCUGUUGCUGAUCAA